GGACGGAGAGAGGGGGAGAGAGAAGAGAUAGAGAAGAGUGGGCCGUCCUUGAUCUCCUCUUUCGAUCUCUGCUCCGAUCGCUUUCUCCUUCGUCUGUAAAUCCUGCAAUCGCCGCGAUCUUCUCUCUCUCUCUCUCCAAUUCGAGGUAGGUUCAGGUAAACAGAGCUUUCGCCUCGCCAGUGAGUCAGAGAAGGGAACUAAAACAUUCUGCUCAAGAUUUCUUCUUUGAGUUUUCUAGUUUAGAUGGCGUGCAAUUCACGAUUAUAGCAUUUACGACCUUUGCUCCUUGAGCAAAUUGUUUCAUUGUUGCAAUGUGGAAAUUUACAUCAAAUGUUAUUUCAAGCAUCGGAUUGAAAAAAAGCUCCAGUGAGCCAAGUCGAAUAUGUCAGGAGUGCUCAGAUGAUGAGGUUGCUUCCAAUGUAAGCAGGGAUGAAGGCUUGGAAUGCCCGAUAUGCUGGGAGUCAUUCAAUAUUGUUGAGAAUGUACCGUACGUCCUAUUGUGUGGCCAUACACUCUGCAAGAAUUGCGUCCUCGGCCUUCAAUCAGCUCUUUUGAAUUUCCCGGGACAACAAAUUAAGAUAUCCUUUCUUAUUUCCUGCCCAUGGUGCCACUUGUUGUCAUUAAGGUUGGUUCAUAGGGGGAACCUAAAGUUCCCUCGCAAGAACUUCUUCCUUCUUUGGAUGGUCGAGAGCUUGAAUGGGGACCGGACCAGGUUUACUUCCAUUUGCUCUAUCGAAAAUCAAACAGUUGGCUCUCCAAGGCGCAAUCUAGCUCUUGCAAAUCGAGCUGGCAGUGGUAGCCUUAGAAGGCAGCCAAGUUCUCGAUAUGCCGGGCAAUUGUCCCAGUUGGAAAAUGUUGGUCGCAGUCCCAAUGGGCAGCAGCAUUCCCCUUUCCCUAAAUCUCUGGAUAUAUUCAUUGACAUUAUGUCUAAGUUCCCAUUGGUGAUCGUGUUUCUCCUGAUUCUGUUUUUUGUGCUGCCUGGUUGUGCUAUCAUCUUGUUCCUGUAUCUUCUGCUCACUAUUCUUUUUGCGAUACCCGCGUUUUUGGUAUUGUACUUUGCAUACCCUGUUUUGGGAUGGCUGGUGAAGGAGAUAACUUCGUGAGAUUUAGUUUUUCGAUGAUGAAGCCUGGGAUCCUUGAUGCCUCUGCUGUCUGCCCAAGAGGUGAUGUCGUUGGUUGUCUUCUCUACUGUCACCAUGCGUAUUGAUUCAGGUCGACCCAUCGCCUAUUUGAUUAGCUUUUUAUAGAGGGGAAGUUUGAGAUGUUUCUUGGAUAUGUAUCUAUUGCAUUUGGGAACACGUUAAAGAGGUUGUCAUUUAUUUCAAUGGCAUUGAUUGCAUUAACCAGCUGGUGGUACAAUCUAAGUCUAUUCUAUGUUGAUGCAUUGGAGGUGCAAUAAGAGUAUCUGAAAGGUCCUUCACUUUCUUGGCGGCAGCCGUGGAGGUAUAGAUAGGAACAGUACUUGUAUGGAUGUUUUAUUGCGUCUUUUCUGCAUAUUGAUUUAGCUAUGCUGC